UUGUGGAAAUGUUCUCUGUUGGCAUCAGACAUGACCCUUCAGAACUCUGUGAUGUCCCCAAAACACUGACUGUUUGCUGUCAGGUCAAGAAGGACGUCAGCACACAAUCCCUGUCCAGCAGAUUUACAGGGAUUUUCUAACCCGCACUAAGCAGAUGUGUUGGUGUGUAGGUUUUGGUGUUUGUAUGUUCGGGGCUGUGCAUGUUUGCAAUACAGAGUGCCUGCAGACGGUGGUCCAGUCCGACAAAGGCUCAACGGUGACGGUGUCCACCGAGCUGCCUCUGGAUCAAUGUGCCGUGUGCACAGUCAGCGGAGUGAAUGACACAGAGACUUCCUGCCACUCCUCUUUCUCCCUGGUACCUGAAGAGGAGGUCAAGCUGCUGUUCAACUGCUCGCAGCCGGUAGAACAGUCUUACACCGUCACAGUAACUCAGACCAUCGAAUGUACCAAAGACGCCUGCAGCCCAGCGACAGUAGAAACUCAACCCAUCCUCACAGAGCUCAGCAGAAGCUUCAGCUGGGAGCUGAAGGCCCCUGAGAAGACGGUGGUGAGUCUGGACAUCCUCGGGGACGGACUGAUGGAGACGUCGCAACCGUGCACCGAUGGAUUUGAGUAUGCGGUGAACACGUCCAAAACAGACGGCAAGGGUCGGACUCGGUACUGUCGGGGCGGAUCUGUGACUCGUCUAGAUCUGGCCAGUGAAGCCGUCGUGUCUCUGACAGUUAAACCAAAGGCUCAGGUGGAAUCUGUGUUGUUUCAGGCCUCUGCUGGACCAUUAAAGGGCCGAACGAUGGUCGUAAGUGUUGACCCCAGCACCACUGCGAUCGUCAGCCGGGAUCCUGGCGGGACGGAGUGUGAAGUCUGCACCGUUGACGGUUCUGCUCCGAACUGCAGCCCGACAGAAAAGACGCUGACCAACGCUGACAAACUCUCGCUGGAGUUCAGCUGCCCCAAACCUCAGGAGAUGUACAGUGUGAGGAUGAAGAAGAAAAUAGAAUGUACACAGACCUCCUGCACUCCUGCAGCAGGAGACGUGGAUCCCAGCCUCUUCGUGGAUUUCAAAAGAUCUCUAACGUGGGACAUCAAAGUCCCAGAGAGAACCGUGUUGUCUUUGGAUUUCCCCGGUGAUGGACUGAAGGAGCUUUCUGGAGCAGAAAGCUGCAAAGAUGGCUUCCAGUACUCUCUGAGUACAACGAAGAGUGACGGAAGCGUCAAAGCUAAAAGCUUCUGCAGAGGCGGGACAGUGUCUCACCUGGAUCUGCUCGGAGCGACGACGGUGACUGUCGAGGUGCCCAAAGAAGAAAAACUGGAGCAGAAGGUUUUCAGUGUCAAAGCAAAACCAAGAGGUAGCAGAAUGAUGUCUGUGACUCCUGACCCCGAAACCAUCAUCAUCAUCAGCAGGGUGUCGGACGAGCCUGACUGCAGCGUGUGUGUGAACGAGGCUCCAAAACCGAUAUGCAACCCGAGACAUCUGAGAAUCACUGAACCUCGCAACACCUCAGUGGAGUUUACCUGUCCUCAACCUCAGGAUGUGUUCAGGGUGGAGAUCAACAGAGACAUUGACUGCACAGAGACGUCCUGCUCUGGUGACAUCGUCCAGGCCGAGUCGUCGCUGUUCCCCGACUUCGACCGCACCUUUACCUGGGACCUGAAAGUUGUCUCCACUCGGGCUUUUCAACUGGACUUCCCAGAGACGGGAAUGCGACAGAUUCGCAACAAGGAGACGUGUCCGGACAACCACACGUACUCUCUUGUUACGUACCUGCGCACUGGGCUGGCAACCGUUGGGACCUUCUGCAAAGGGGGAAGUGUGAGCACCAUCCUGGGUCGAUACAAGGGCCGAGUGUCUCUGGAGGUGCCCAGGGACACGAAGCUCAACCCCGUUGACUUCAAACUCAAAGUUGGACCAGAGACCAGCAUGGUUGCCAUAGUGAAAGUAAAUCUACCACGAGGUGUAUCAGACACAGACUUCAUCACAGCCAACUAUCCCGCUGAUUUCCCCGAUGACGAGCAGAUGCAGUGGGACUUCACGGUGCCCGGCAUGCACAACUACACGAUGCAUUUUCACGACCACACCGCACCGGAGUGUCUCAAGAGAGAAGUGGAGGUGGAGUACAAGAAAGAGGACAAGACGAACAAGCUGACUCUGACAGACGCUCAGCCGGCGCAUCAGCAGGGCAACUUCAACAUGGUGCUGAAGAACUGUAAAACCAACAAGACGCUGCAAGGACUCACCCUGAACUACAGCGUUUCUGUCAUGAGGAGUGGUCAUCCAGUUCUGUGCACGGUGGAUCUAACCAGUCGACGAGAGUCCCUGCAGAUAGAGAAAGUUGGUUCUGAUCCGUUCUGUGAGAUGAGCAUCGACUCCAAGGUUGAAAAGAAGAUAAACGUGGCUGCAGGCACAAAGGCCAGUCUGUCCUUCCUCGACUGUCCCAAGGAAGAAGUUCGCCUGACUGCCAGUGAAGUCAUCGGCUGCCAGAAUGUGUCGUCGUGCCCUCCGAUUGUCCUCAGUGUGCCCAAACUGGUUUCCUGUCUACCGAUGCCCCUCCACAGCUUCACCUGGCACGUGGACGUCCCUCAGGACGGCACAGUGAACCUGGUGUCGCCCACAGGGGGCUUCCAGCAGUCCCUGCCGGGCCAGAGGUGUAAUCAGUCAGUCCUAUUAAAUGUGGCAGAGAGGGACGCGUUUUCUCUCGGAGAUUUCUGCUUUAACGGAAUCAUCCGGGAAAUUCAGGCGAGAAACAACAUCUCCGUCACGGCUACGGCCCAUGACAUCAGCAAGACCAGGAAGCCUCUUCUCAACGUCAGCUUCAGUCAGGAGAUCCAAGAGACCUUAAUUUACAGAGUCAGCCCUGAGACGACGUCCCCGACCCUGCUGGCCACCCCCAACUGGCCCCAGGGUAUGAAGCCGUCCUCCACCAUGUCCUGGAUCGUCACCCUGCCGAGCCAGUACCAGGCGCACUUGAAUUUCAACGUCAGCCAACCCAAGUGCCUCUACCGGCACACCGCCGUGACGGUGAAGUUGCUGGGCUACGAGGAGGAGAUCAUGAGCCGCAGGGAGGACGAGGAGGUGGAGCUCAAGCUGCUGGUGCCUCAGAGUUUCUAUAUCAACAUGUCCAACUGCAUACCAGAGGGGGGACAGUUUGGUGCACUCACCGAAAUCGUCCUGCAGAAGAAGACCAAUCUCCUGGCCAUCCUCCUCGGGCUGGCAGGAGCCGUUUUGAUUGUGCUGAUAGUGCUGACUGUAGUAUGUGUCGUCACAAAGAAAAAGAAAAAUGAAAGAAACAAAGAAUCCUCCAUCUACAUCGGCAAGGGGAAUAUCUUCCGCCCAAGUGACGGGCAUUUCACCAAAAGCCGCUCUGACAACGAGUCCCACGUCUACGCCUCCAUCGAUGAGACGAUGACUUACGGACAUCUCCUGAGCAACACCAGCUACGCCGACAGCAUGCAAGACCACUACAAUGGGAUGCAGGUGGACUCUUAUCACACGUUUACAGGCCCUGUUGAUGCACAGCUGCCGGUUAUCAAAGAACCGGAUCCGGAGCCCGAGACAGACCAGUACAAGACGUUCCUGGACCCCUCCGAGUCUUUCAUCCCAUCCCGUCCACGCACCCCCAUCGACCGGCAGGACAGCCUCGGCUUCCAGGACCGCAGGAUGGUGGAUAACGAGCUGUACACGUUCAAGAGCACCGGGGACAUAAACACCAUCCGGCUCUCUGGUGUUGACCAGGAGCCAGAGCCGCCGAUACUUGAGGAAUACUUGUAGUUUGUCACAACUGGAGCUGCGUGAUGGACAGCUGUUACUCCGUAUCUCUGGUCCGUGCUGAUGUGAAUGUCCCUGCCUCUAUCACACAGUGAUCCUGAGCUCGAUUACGUUUAAAUGUGACGCUUUUCGUCGGUUAAAUUUUUAAAAGCUUCUAAGCUUCAGGAGCAGAAGCUGUGAUUUUCUUCUUUGAAGAAGAAUAUUUUGGGAGGUACUUUUGCUUUCCUGCAGAGUUAGAGAAAAGCAUUGAUUCCAAACUCGUCUGUGAAGAAAAUAUGCAACUCCUGCCAGUAGCUGCUUAGCUUAGCUUAGCAUAAAGACUGGAGACAGGAUAAUAGCUUGACUGGUUCUACUUGAACACACUCACCUACCAGCACCUUUGAUAAAUCGUUUAUUUGUAUGACGUGCAGCGACUUGUUUGUCAUGAGGGAAAUAUCGAUCUUCCCAUAGAAUUUUCAGCAGGAAAGCAAAAACAUUUAUAUUUCAUAAAAAAAGUCAAACUGUUCCUUUUAAAGUUUGAUUUGUUUAGUUUUGUUAAAUCUCUGACCUUAACUGUGUCGUAAGUCAGGGGCCGCAUCCUUUGGAGGCUGCAUCUGAAGGCAGAUUGCUUCAAAGCGAUGUGACCAGGCUGUCCCGUUGCAGAGGCUCCUCCAAACGCAGCCUUUCAUCCCUGAGAAUCAAAGCCUCCAACGGGUGGAUACAUUUUCGCUUCGUUGACAAACCGUUUUUUUCAAAGCAGACCUUUCAUUUUGGUUCAGCCCACCAAGGAGGAGGUCUUUGUGGGCCAGGGUAGAAUGCAUCCUCCGGCGGAUGCAGCCCCUGAUUCUUGACGCGGCUCAUGUGACAUGGACUCAGGAGCAGGAAUGUGUUUUUUGAACGUGUUUUUAUAAUGUUUGAUAGUCUCUUUUAAAUAUUCUGUACUUGUAAAUACUGCUGGGGUUUGUUUUUUUUUUUGCAAUAAAUUCUUGUUAAAUGGCAUGUUGGGGAAACACUUUGCUUCUUG